UGCAAAGGGACGCCAGAAGGGCGCCUGCCUGGCUCACCACACGGGGGCUGUGUGCGAACGCCUUUUUCUUGAGCACAUCAACCGACCUCAACGAGAAGACCCCCCCUCUUACAUCACGACCAAACGACGACUUCGCCGAAAACUGACCACUGCCGACACGACCGCAACGUGAAUAGUCCAGAGACAUGAGUUUCCAUCCAGGAAUGGUGAUGGUAGACCUCCGUCGGGACGGAAGCGCGACGCCCUGGGGAUUCCGUCUUCAAGGGGGAUACGACCUGAAUGCCCCGCUCACCAUACAGAGGGUGUUCUUGGGAAGUCCAUCAGAAGGAGAACUACACCGAGGAGACGUCGUGUUGAAGGUGGGCGACAGAGACACGUCCCGUCUCACUCACGGUGAAGCCACUGAAGUCAUCAGAAACAGCGGCAACAGUCUCAAGCUGCUAGUGCAACGCGGUGCAGGACCUUAUUCUCCCGCGACUACCCCAACAGCAAGCAGCACGGCGCACCCGUUGACCAUCUCCCCGCCGGCCUUCCGGCCCCCGGGUCCACCCAGUUACCACUCGCCCAUGAGCCCGGGCGUCACCAUCACCACUCAAAAUGUAUCUGUCCCGACCCAGAUGCCCAUGCAGGACGGUCAAUACUCGUACGAACUACGACAGGGAUUCCUCGUUCCGGAACCUCUGGUCGAAAACAAGAUCGACUCUAUCAAGGAACAAGCCAAGAUCACCAGCCAGACCUACCGCACCACCCCGCUGAUCACGCCAACCGCGAAACCUCGAAGGGAUGUUCUCAUUGGAUCCUACCUAAGGCACGUCAAGGAGCCAUACUUCACAACCAUGAAGAUGCCUGUCGAAGGAGGUGUGAGCAACCCCCAGGAAAUUGCUAGGAGAGUUCAAGAAUCAGUGAACACGGGUGGAGGCCCACACGUGAAUGUGGCGCCCGUUGUUGCGCCUGCGGGUGAAUCCGGGCCAAAGUAUGUUAACCGCCAGUACAACACACCCCUGAACUUGUACUCCAACCAAUCGCUCGCGGAGACCAUCAGCGCUCAGACAGGGGCCCAGCUCAACCCUCAGAACCUGCAGCCGGGAGAUAGCUCUACACCGACUAACCUAGCCACAGUCCUGAAGGACAUUAUAUUAGGUGCAGCCUCUGAAAUCAGAUCCGGGAGCACAACGCCUCAGGCCCACUCACCCAGAGGUGGAGCUGCGACUAUCAAGCCGGGCUCCAAGAUGGCAUCCGUUGCAGACAUAACCCUGUCACCCACAUAUCAGAUGAUCCACAAUGAAGAGUGGAGAGAUAUCAGGAAGGAGGACCUCCAAGAGCAGAGGCCAGUUCAAAACCAGCUUUAUGAGGUUCAAUCCGACGGACACGUCGUGAACACCUUUGGUAUGCCAAGACACAAGAUUCAUCAAUCCAACAGCUUCAAGACAAUCAUGACGACUGUAAUGACACCAAAGCUGUUAUAGGGUACUGAACUGAACUGAACUGAACUGAAGGGAAAAUAAAAGGUUCACUGCAUUAGGUUACUACGAUAUUUGCUUGUCAUUUCAGUGCUGCAAUCGCUGCUGUCCGGUUUUGUUAGGCUUUCAUCUGGUGUGUGAACAUGAAGUCAUUUCAAACAUUUAUUAUUAAAAUUAUAGUCGAGCCACAAGACUGAGCAUGCAGCUGAAGUUUUCAGUAGUGCAACCAUGUAGGGUCGAGUGCAUUAAAAUUAUUUCCAUGGUCAGCACACCACGCAAACAGUUCUUUUGUUGGGAGUAUCGUUUUUUCAUAAAGCCAAAUAUUCUGGCUACUACUUCUUUCUAUGGUGUGAGUGUGCAUUGCUGUAAGGCAUGGUUCCACGUUUCUCUAUCGCUUUCUUGAUGUUAGUACUGUUCAUGAUGCUUUUGAAGACGUCAAUAAAGCACGGUACCUAGUUAACUUAGGCUAUGUUAUCACUCGCCAGCUUGGCAAGCCUUAUCAAAGCUUCAAAGCGUGAUUCUUUCAUAUGCUAUGAAAGAUUUCAGGAUUUGUGACAUUUUACGAAAUCGACAUAUGAUGGAGUGUUUUCUGCUGCUUCUCUUGCUGUACAGUAAGUUAUUGCAAUAAAUUUCAAUUUGAAAAGUUCAAA